UUUCGUUUUUUUUUUCCCCCUGCCUGAAACGAAAUUUUUUUUAUAAAUUAGAGACGUCAAAAAAAAAAAAAGAAAAAAAAAAGGAGGAUGCGGAAAUUUAUUUUCUCGGACUGUUUCGUUCCUCAGCGCUGAGCUUUGUCUGACUGGGAACCCAUUAGCCUGCUUUUGAAUCAACUCACUCCUGUUUUCUAACCGAGGAGAAGAAAACAAAGAAACAACUGGAAAAAAGCAGCAGCAGCAUUGCCGUGUUUGUGAAUUUAGACCAACGGUCGGUUUAUUCGCGGGGAAUGCUGCUGUGAGGAUUAAACCAGGACAAUGAGACAAACAGCAGGGAAAGGUGCUGUGUUGUGAGACCGGUGGCGGUGGACGUGCGGCAUGCUGAGGCCACUCCCCCUGGUUCAGGAUGAGUGUCAGAGAUGGCGCUGCCACCAUGGCAACAAACGCAGGUGGAGGAGGAGGGGGAGGGGGGUGUAACGACCCAGAUGACCGUAUGUACCUGCUUCAGAUCUACCCGCGGCUCUCUGCUCAACCCUCCACCUGCUGCCACCUUCGAGUGCAGAAGAAUGCAACAACAGCCUCUGUAAUCUCAGAUGCUGCUGCAACGCUGGGGCUGGACCCCAGCCGCCUGUAUGUUUUGGCAGAGGUGAAGGAAAGCGGCGGUGAGGAGUGGAUACUGGAGGCCGGAGACCUGCCUGUGCAGAGGGUUCUGCUCUGGCCCAGGAAGGCUCAGGAGGAACACCCUCAGAGCUUUGGCUUUUACUUCUUGCUACAGGAGAGGAACCAUGAUGGCUCCAUCCGUUAUGUUCACCUUCCACCUUUGUCCAAGGAGCAAGAGGUACAGCGGCUUGCUGCCAGAGGCUUCCUUCCCCCUCCCCAGGAUGACUUUGCAGACCUUUGCAACCUCCCCGUCCUCAGUGAGGACAGCAUAUUGAACAAUCUCCGCACGCGCUUCUACAAGAAAAAAAUCUACACCUAUGCAGGCAGCAUCCUCAUCGCCAUCAACCCAUUCAGGUUCCUGCCAAUCUACAACCCUAAAUACGUCAAGAUGUACGAGAACCACCAGCUGGGAAAACUGGAGCCUCACAUUUUCGCCAUUGCCGACGUGGCCUACUAUGCUAUGCUCAGGAAGAGGGUGAACCAGUGCAUUGUCAUCUCUGGAGAGAGUGGCUCAGGGAAGACCCAAAGCACUAACUUCCUGAUCCACUGUCUGACGGCGCUCAGCCAGAAAGGCUAUGCCAGCGGGGUGGAGAGGACCAUUCUGGGUGCUGGACCUGUCCUGGAGGCCUUUGGUAACGCUAAGACGGCCCACAACAACAACUCCAGUCGGUUUGGUAAAUUCAUCCAGGUUAAUUAUCUGGAGAGCGGAGUAGUGCGAGGGGCCGUGGUGGAGAAGUACCUCCUGGAAAAGUCUCGUCUGGUCUCAAGAGAAAAGAACGAGAGGAACUACCAUGUGUUUUACUACCUGCUACUAGGUGCUUCAGAGGAGGAGAGACGGGAGUUUAAAUUACUGCCCCCUGAAGAGUACUUCUACCUCAAGCAGGAAAAUUUUAAGAUAGAAGAUGAGGAAGAUCUGCGUCAUGAUUUUGAGAGGCUGCAGCAGGCGAUGCAGAUGGUUGGCUUCCUUCCGGCCACAAAGAAACAGAUCUUUUCCGUGCUUUCGGCCAUCCUGUAUCUUGGCAAUGUCACGUACAGAAGGAAGUCAUCGGGUCGGGAUGAAGGGUUGGAUGUCGGCCCACCUGAAGUCCUGGCUACCCUCUCUGACUUGCUGAAGGUCAAAGAGGAACUGCUGGUCGAGGCGCUGACAAAGAGGAAAACGGUGACCGUCAACGACAAGUUGAUCCUCCCCUACAGCCACUCCGAGGCAAUCACAGCUAGGGACUCCAUGGCCAAGUCUCUGUACGGUGCAUUGUUCGACUGGAUCGUGCUGCGCAUCAACCACGCUCUGCUCAACAAGAAGGACAUGGAGGAAUCUGUCCCCAUCUUGUCCAUUGGUGUCCUGGACAUUUUUGGCUUUGAGGACUUUGAAACCAACAGCUUUGAACAGUUCUGCAUCAACUAUGCAAACGAGCAGCUGCAGUAUUACUUUAACAAUCACAUUUUUAAUCUGGAGCAGGAGGAGUACCAGUCAGAGGGAAUCACCUGGCACAACAUUGACUACACAGACAAUGUAGGCUGCAUCCAUCUCAUCAGCAAGAAACCCACCGGCCUGCUGUACCUGCUAGAUGAGGAGAGCAACUUUCCACAUGCAACAGAUAAGACCCUGUUGGCCAAAUUCAAGCAGCAGCACCAUGGAAACAAGUACUUCAUACCCACGCCAGUCAUGGAGCCCGCAUUCGUCAUUCAGCACUUUGCAGGGAGAGUCAAAUAUCACAUCAAGGACUUCCGGGAGAAAAACACAGACCACAUGCGUCCAGACAUCGUGGCGUUGUUGCGAAGCAGCGACAGAGCUUUCGUGCGGCAGCUCAUUGGCAUGGACCCGGUGGCCAUGUUUCGGUGGGGCAUCCUGAGAGCCACCAUCAGAGGCCUCGCUGCUUUCAACGAGGCGGGAAGGUCAUGGGCUGCAAAGACAGCAGGUGUUAUCCGUCCAGCAUCCAGAACUCCUUUAGGAGAACUUCAGCGUUCAAAUACCUCCAUUGAAAGGAUGUACAAACGAGCUUCUAUGCUCGAUUUCUACUUUGAUCACUCAGAGGAGCGCCCUCUAGAGGCCUUUGAAGACAUCUUUGCUAGCUAUGAGAAUAAGAAAGAAAUGCAUUCAGAGAUCAUCAGCUCCAUAAAGAACUUGCAGCUGGACGGAGAGGACCCUCGCAAGCUGUUGCAAUCCUGGGGUCGCCUCCGCUUCCCACGUCACGUCCUUCAGAAAAACAAGAAUGUCAAGCAGAAGCAGGCCAUCCCCAAGAGUUUGUUGGAUUCGCGCUCUCUAAAGUUUAUUGUGAGUCUAACGCUGCAUGACCGAACCACAAAGUCCCUGCUCCACCUGCAUAAGAAGAAGAAGCCGCCCAGCAUCAGUGCCCAGUUCCAGAACUCCCUGAACAAACUCUUACAAACUCUGAACAAGGCCGAGCCUUUCUUCAUCCGCUGCAUCCGCUCCAAUGCAGAGAAGAAGGAGAUGCAUCUGGAUGAGGCGUUGGUGCUUCAGCAGCUGCAUUACACAGGAAUGCUGGAAACUGUUCGUAUUAGGAGGUCAGGGUACCCGGCCAAGUAUACCUUCCAGGAGUUCGUUGGACAGUAUAGGGUUCUGCUACCGAAGAACUCCUCUGCCUCCAAAGAAGACAUCACAGAGCUGCUGGGGAAGAAAAUGGGUCUCGACCCGACAACUUACCAGAUCGGCAAGACCAAGGUAUUCCUGAAGGAGCUGGAGCGACAGCAGCUCCAGGACACGCUGCACAAAGAAGUGAUGCAGAAGAUCAUCUUCCUUCAGCGCUGGUUCCGAGCUCGCCUGCAGAGGCAGGAGUUUAUAGAAAUGAAAAGAGCAGCCGUCGUGAUCCAGGUUUCAUGGCGUAGGUACUGCAGAGAGGAGCAACGGCGACGCGCAGCUACUGUGAUCCAAGCGGUGUGGAGAGGGCACCAACAAAGAUCCGAGUUCCACCGACAAAGGCAGGGAGCAACAAAAAUACAAGCUCUGGUCAGAGGACACUCGGCACGCAGGAGGUGUCAAUCCAUCCGUGAGGAGAAGAAAAAGAAAGAGCAGGAAGAGGAGGCUAGGAAAAGAGCAGAAGAAGAGAGGCAGAAGAGGGAAGAGGAGGAGGCUAUGAGAAAAGCAGAAGAAGACAGACUGAGGAUAGAAGAAGAGGUGCAGAGAAAGGCAGAGGAGGAGGCAGCAAGAAAAGCCCUGGAACAAAUGGAGGAAGAGGAGCAAAGACAGGCAGGAGAGCCUCAGACACGUGAGGACCCAGAUAUUGAGCUGGUCACUGAGGAGAUGCUGGAUGAAAGUGCCCCAGAGGAGGAGCAGGGGAAAGACGAAGAGGUGUAUGAUGAAGAAGAGGAUAUGAAGCCUAGUGGUACAGAGGCUGAGGCUGGACCCCAGCUAGAUAAGGAGGAGGAGGAACCUGGUCUGCCCUCAGAUGAGGUCACACCAAACACACUUACAGCCAUAUCUCCACCUCAGGAGGACGAAAAGUCCAAAAACACCUCUACGUCUCCACAUGCUGGACUGAAGAGGCGACAUGCUGGCCCCGUUACCAAGGUCCCUUCAUCCAGGAGCCUGGAGAAGAGAGAGCAGAGGAGACGAAGAGGCCUGGAGCACAGUCAGAGAGAAUCUCAACGCCUUGCCUCUUCUUUAUCAUCAGCCACCAACCAAGAUCAAACAUCCCCCCCAAAGAGCCAAAACCAGGAGACAUCCAAGCUAAAGGAGCGUUCGGACAGCAAGGAGCUGGACCAGUACACCUUUGUGGAGUGGAAGACGAGGGAGGAGAAAGGAGGAAAGAAGGAGGGAAAAUCCUCUCCUCCCUCUGCAGGUCCGGUUCGUCCAUCCAGCUUACCUCUGCAGCCCGUGGACUCUGCGCAGGAUAACGGCUCAGGGGAAGCCAUCGGGGCUGUGAAUCUGCAGCGCCGCUCUGGAGCAAUGAAGGAGAAGCCAGAGAAAUGGAAGGACUGGAGGAGCAAUGGGGAGAGCUCUGAGUGCACGAGGUCUCCACCUCACAGCCAAAAGGAGAAUGUAAAGAAACCCUCGCUGAGGGAAACGUCCCAAUCAUCCGUCGACAGUUUGUCUCCAAGUUCUGAAGGAGCCUGGGCGAUUUCUGUCAGAGACCCCUGGGCGCUCAGAGAGAUAACUCCGUCAGUUGAAGGUCAUGGUGACAGCUCAAGGUCAAGCUCAUUCAGAAAGAGACAGCAAGAGGGUGCUGGACAGCCAGACUCCAUGCAAACCAAUGCAACCACACCAGACAGGUCAGUUGGCUUUUUCAGCAAGAUUUUAAAGAAAAGGACCAAAGAGGCCCAGACUCCAGACAAUGGAGACCUGACGUUUGCUCAGAGUCUUAUCGACAAGUCUACAGCUGGUGAAGCGCCUCCUCCCGGCCUGUCAGUGCGCAGGAACCCUACGAUUAAGAUCAGCCGUGCUACCCGAGUGUCGGAGCAGUGGGACGCGUCUCUGGACAGAGUGAUAACAAAUGCCAAUGAGCUGCGGCACCUCGACGAGUUUCUGGGCAACCAGGUGAAUGAUUUCCGCUCCAGAGGCAAGUCUCUGUCACCUACAGAGUCUAUCUUUAUCACUGCCACCAUGCAGUUUAGAGAGCAUAUAAAAUCCAUGUAUUCUGUCCCGAACCCUACCAUCGGCUACAAAGCACUAAUGUCCGGCUUCAAGAACAAAGUGACUGUCCUGGCCACAGACAAACAGCAGGAGGACGUUCAGUUAGUGGUCAACCUGUUCCAGUCGGUGCUGGAUGGGUUUAUCAGAGGUGAGGUGAAGAAGGAGGAAGCCGAGCCCGUCAAGCCCACCAAAACCAGAAAGAAAAGGAGGAAGAAAGAUAAAAGCAUGGAGAUCCUGCUGGACCAUGGUUUCGUUAACUAUCAGGUCAGCAUCGUGCAGUCAUGCGACACGUGCAGCUCUUACAUCUGGGGCAUGGAGAAAGCCUACAUGUGCAGCAAUUGUAAAAUGAUAUGCCACAAGAAGUGCCUUGCUAAAAUAAACAUCAGCUGCUCCAGUUUCUGUGCCAGAAAGAACGAUGAGGAGGUCAGCGGGCGCCACUUCGGGGUGCGUGUUUGCCACCUGGUGAGCGAUAAGAACCCUGUGCCAAUGGUGCUGGAGAUGAUGCUGGAGCAUGUUGAGAUGCACGGCCUCUACACAGAGGGAAUCUACCGCAAAUCAGGCUCCGCCAACCGCAUGAAAGAGCUGCACCAGCGGCUAGACACAGAGCCUCACCUGGUAAACCUUGAGGAGCAUCCCAUCCAUACAGUGACAGGCCUGGUGAAGCAGUGGUUAAGGGAGCUGCCUGACCCACUCAUGACCUUCACUCAUUACAAUGACUUCCUGCAUGCAGUGGAACUGCCAGAGAAGCAGGAGCAGCUCCAAGCCAUUUACAAAGUUCUGGAGGAGCUCCCCACAGCAAACUUCAACACAUUAGAGCGGCUCAUUUUCCAUCUUGUCAGGGUCUCUAAGGAAGAGGCUCACAAUCGCAUGUCCCCCAACUCGUUAGCCAUUGUGUUUGCUCCGUGUAUCCUGCGGUGUCCCAACACAGCUGACCCGCUGCUCAGCAUGAAGGACGUUGCAAAGACCACGACGUGUGUGGAGAUGCUCAUCAUUGAGCAGAUCCGGCGCUACAAUGAGAAGAUGGAGGAGAUAGAGCAGCUGGAGUACGCCGAGGCUCUGGCUGUUAAUCAACUUAAACUAAAGCGAAAGAACACACCCUGCCGGCAUUUACCUCUCAGGUUCCCAGCUCCUUACAAAGGAGUGGUGAUGCGAGAGAAGGCCAGUUCUGAUCUCAGCGCCGUCCCUGAGAACGAGCCGCUGGACUCGGAUACUGAGACAGAGAAUAAUCUUUUGGAUCGCAUCAAAUCCAUCAAACAAGAAAAAGACGAACUGGCUUGUCGGCUGCCAGAGAUGGAGCAGCCCGGUUCAGACCAGGAGAACCUGGACUCCGAAGCUUCCCUGAGCUCUGAGAGUCUUCUGGAUGAACAGCAGCAGCGCUUGUCUGCCCACGGCUCUGAGCCAGAAGGACAGUGUGGCGUCCAGCUGAGAAGACACAGGCCAGUUUUUCCUGCAAAACCUUCAGAUCUGGCCCAGCGACCUAGAAUCGCCAGUGGACGACCACCUCUGGCUAACCUCACCCCUGCCAGCUCCAGCUCCUCUCUGUCCAGCUGCGCCUCCACGGCGUCUCAAACCUCUAACUCCUCCUUCAGGCAUCCCCUGCAGCGCCGCAACCCUGUCAUCCCAGACACCGUGAAGCUGCCUCCAGGUGUCCUCCCCCAGCAACCAGCCACCGGUUCUUCACAGACCUUCCCCCUUCCUGGAAAUCGGGCGCUUACGCAUCUCAUCCAUAAACGGGAGCAGCCUGGCCGUCGUAAAGACAGCAUCCAGUCUUUGUACCUCGAUAACCCAGAGUGUGGCUUGUUGCUGCAUUUCUCCUCCUGUCCUCCCUCCGCUUCCUCCUCUUCAUCCUCCAUCGCCACGGCUACGCUCCAGCAAAAAAAUAUAGCAGCCCCCAAGGGUCACAGACGCUUUUCUGACCCUGACAUACCCUACAUUGACGACGACAUCUGAGCUGCCAAGAUCCCUCGGAUGGACACGGAGGAGAAGAACGGCUGCAGGAAUGACCUAUAUGUUUGAAUGGCUGAGAGAAUGUUACAACAGAAACUGAUUAAGGCGCCUGAAAUGUGUCAAAAGUUUUGUUUUGUCCUGUUUGUAGGGAGAAAUAACUGGACAAUUGGUUGCCAAGCACCUUUUCUAUCAUUUUUAAUAUACUGUGGUUACUGUUGUUGAGUACAGUUUGACUACAGGCUGCAUCUUCUGCUGCCUCAUGGUGUGGUUUUUAUCAUUUGGGCAAGUAAAAGUAAAACAUUGCAGUUCUA